CGACAAUCUCGCUGCUUCAUCAACAAUCACUCCUCCAGCUCCAUUCUAGCCGCCAUGUCGUUUCAACGGAAACAGGAGAAGGACUACACUAAGGAGGUCAAUGACCUCGCUCCCGAGGCUGAGGCGCUUGCGAAGGGCGGCAAGCUGAGUGAGGCAGUCGACCGCAUCUCGGCGCUGGAGAAGCAGACGCGCAACGCCUCCGACAUGUCCUCGACCGCCUCUUUGCUCACCCUUCUUGUCCGCCUCUGCUGGGAGCAGAACGACCUCGACACCCUCAACGCCCAGAUCGCCAUAAUGUCCAAGAAGCAUGGGCAGCUCAAGGAGGCUGUUGUGCGUAUGGUCGACGAGGCCAUCCCGUACCUCGACAUACUGGAGGAGCGGGGCGAGAAGAGCAAGCCCAAGGGUGGGCGCUGGCUUGAGCUCCUCCACACCCUGCGCGACACAACCGAGGGCAAGAUCUACCUCGAGCUCCAGCGCGCUCGGCUCACGGCCCAGCUCGCAGCGUAUCACGAGUCUCUGGCGGAGUCGGCGCCAAAGGAAGACGCCGCGCAGCGCGAGGCCCGGAAGAAGAACGAGGCAAAGGGCGAUGAGAAGGUCAAGAAGGAGCCCGUGACGGCGGAGGAUCACUACAACGCCGCAGCGGAUCUCAUGAGCGACAUCCAGAUUGAGACAUACUCGUCCAUGGACAAGCGCGAGAAGACAAACUUUAUCCUCGAGCAGAUGCGCCUCGAGUCGCUCCGCGGUAACUGGAACAAGGUCCGUGUCGGCAGCCGCAAGAUCAACCGCGUCUACCUCAAGGACAAGGACGCGACCGACCUCAAGCUCCGAUACUACGAGCUCAUUGUCCACCUUGCCCUCCAGGAGGACAACUACCUGGAGGUUUGCAACGCGUACCAGGCCGUGUGGGACACGCCGGAAGUCAAGGAGGACGAGGCGCGCGAGCUUGGCGUCAUCGAGAACAUAAUUAUGUAUGUCGUGCUGGCUCCCUACAGCAACGAGCAGAGCGACAUGCUGCACAAGCUGUAUGCCGACCACAAGCUGGAGAAGGCGCCCUUGCACUAUGCGCUCCUUAAGUGCUUCGUGACGAAGGAGCUCAUGCGCUGGCCCGGCAUCGAGGACCUGUACGGCCCCGAGCUGCGCAAGUCGCCCGUCUUCGCGCCCGAUACCACGCUCGGCGUUAAGACGGGGCCGCAAGCUGACGAGGAGCGCAAGCCAGACCGCACGGUCUCGCCCGGCGACGCGCGGUGGGACGCACUGCACUCGCGUGUGGUCGAGCACAACAUUCGCGUCAUCGCAGCAUAUUACAGCCGCAUCACGCUGCAGCGGCUGACGGAGCUCCUUGACCUGCCUGCGCUCACCACUGAACGGACACUCUGCAAGCUCGUGACGGACAAGACGGUGUAUGCGCGGAUCGACCGGCCGGCGGGCAUCGUCAGCUUCCAGCGGCCGCGCAAGACCAACGAGACCCUUAAUGCGUGGAGCACGGACAUCUCUAAGAUGCUCAGUUUGGUCGAGAAAACGAGCCACCUCGUCUCCAAGGAGUAUGCGAUGCACGAGGCAGCGCAAGCGGGCCGCAAGAAGGUCAAGGCGUAGCAGUGUAUUUUAGACUUCUAGUAGACAGCAGAGAGAGACGACAGACAGACAGACAUGCAUGCAUAAGUGUACGAGC